AUGUCUUCCCGAUUUUUGGUUUCAUCCAGUAAAAUUUCGACACAUCGACGAUGCGACAAUUGUGGUAUUACAAUCGAUUUCGUGGCUUGGGCACAAUGUACAUAUUGUGCAAUAUUUGAUUUAUGUCCUAUUUGUGCUAAACUUGGUUAUAACAACUUACAAUCUAUUGCACGUGAUCAUCACGAACAUUCGCAUCUGGCACAGUCGAUAACUGCAGAAAUCAAUGACAACUGUUUCAAAUGGAUACUAGUUGAAGAAGCUGAAAAGCAUGGAACUGAAGCUCGACAGAGAGUAAGACAGAGCAAAUAUGAACAGAUACAUACGGAAAAGAAAAUUCAAAAUGAUUAUGAUUUGUUUAUUGUUAUGGAAAAGUUAAAAAAACUGGAAAAUCAAUCGUCAACAAUGCCAGAUGAAACAGAAUUAAAUCAAAUAAAUUCAUUGAUUGCCCAAUACCAUUUACAGUCAUUACAACGAAAUAUAAAUGUACUCAGUUUGGAUGGCGGAGGUGUACGUGGUUACAUGCCUAUUAAAAUUCUUAGCCAACUUAUAUCAGAAAAAUUUCUUUCUAUUCAUGAAAAAUUCAAUCCUAAAGAUUCCGUUCACCACGAAUCAUUUAAAGCAGCUCAGUCUCGCUUUACAGAUCAGUUUGAUUACUUAAUUGGUACUAGUACUGGUGGACUCAUUGCUUUUUGUUUGGCAGUUAACUACAAUAUCUUAGAUAUGAUGGAUAUCUAUGCAAAUUCCUCGUACUAUUUCAAGCGCAACUAUACAGGGCCUUUAUUCUAUUCCAAAUAUGAUCCAUCUCGUAUACAUCAUAAGAUUGAUGAAAUUAUCAAUGGAAUUCAACUUAAAGAUGGUACACGUUUGUCAGCUGAAACUGCUACUUUACUUGAUAUACGUAAUAUCUUGAAUCCUGACAAUAUAAUUGAUGAUGUGAAAUCAGCAGCAGCGAUGAUAUAUCAUAGCAAUUACUUAGAAUUUGUUGAUGAAAUGAACUUCAUGGAGGAUUCGAAUGACAUUGAAGGUAUGUUUAAUUUUCAUCGAGUUAAACGUGAAAAAGUACUAUUGAUUACGGCGUACAAUACUACAGCAGACAACAUGACCAUAUUUAAUACCAGUUAUGCUAGUCAUUGGGGCUACCGUGUAGCCGAUGUGUUAAAAGCUACAAUGGCUGCUCCAACCUAUUUUCCUCCACAAGAAGUAUGGAGUGGAACGAAAAAGCAUGGGCAUUUCGUCAAAAAUAAAACAUCGGAAUUAUAUAUUGAUGGUGGUGUGUUUGCCAAUGAUCCAGAAUUAGCUGCACUAUGGGCAAUAAGAAUGCAAUGGAAAAAGCGAAUCAACUAUCAUCUUCUUUCGAUUGGUACAGGCUGUUAUAAUACAACAAUAUCAUCAUCUACUUGGGGCGGUUAUAUGGGCUGGAUAUUAAAUCAAGGAUUUUUGAUCAAUACUUUGAUGGAUGCUACACGUAGUUUCAUCGAAACUAUCGCUAGUAAUUUAGCUAAAUUCAAUGAUAUCAGGCGAAUGAAAUUAAAUUAUCAGAUAACAAAAGCGAUGAAUUUAGAUGACGGUAGUUUUGUAAAUAAAUUCGAUGAAGAAUGGGACACUUUGAAAAUGGAAGAUGAUUACAAAGCGUUUGUCUACUUUUACGACACGUAUAUUGCUAAACAAGAUAACUUGGGAAAAUGA